AUGGAGACUACCUUGGGCCUGACCGCGACAUUGAACUCGUUGUACGUGAGCAACGUUCGCGUGGUGAAAGCGAGUUUCUGGGAGAUAAACGAGUCUCUCAUCAAAUUGAGAGGAACUCUGAUCAACGACGAACCCCAUCUCCUAAGGAGGGUAUAUCACACGCAGAAAAAUUCUAUGCUACUCGCGGAAGUAAGAACCUUGAAGAGACAACAUUUAGAGAUCAGCGCUGUUGUUCAGCUAAUAAACCAAGUGUUCAGCGAGGAGGUUAUCGGCACGAUUGCAUUGACGUUGGUCGAUAUCACGUUUAAUCUGUACUUUUGUUUAAUGGUCGAAUACAGCGAGGACCCACAGGUAUGGUGGUCCUUGCAGUUGGUGUGCGUGGUGUUUUAUUUUUUGAACUUGGUCGUAAUGGUUUGGGCAUGCGAGACUGCCAUGGACCAAGCGAAAAAGGUUGUUUCCAACAUUCAUCGAACUCUCGUAAUCAUUUUCGACGAAAAAUUGACCACGGAAUUGGAAUUAUUCUCCGUGCAAGUUUUACAACAGGACAACACGUUCUCCGCAAAGGGGCUUAUGAUAGAUGCAACCCUGUUGACAAAGGUAGUAAGCACGAUUACAACUUAUCUAUUGAUAUUGAUACAAUUCCUCCUCGUCAAACCUUGUUAA